AUGCUUGCAGAGGUGGCGGAGGAGCUAAAGAAGAAGGGGUUACUGAGUCAAUCUCCUACCCAUUCGUGUGCUGGACCCGAGGAUGUGCCCUGUGACUGCUGCCUCAUGGACAGGAAGCUCAAGGCUGUCAAAUCCUGCCUAGUUUGUUUGGCUUCCUACUGCCAGACACAUUUGGAGCCCCACAUGAAUGUCCCAGCACUACAGUGGCAUGAGCUGGUGGAUGCCACUUUGCACAUACAACAGAAAAUCUGCUCCAUUCACAACAAGGUUCUGGACAUCUACUGUGAAGAGGAUGAGGAGUGCAUUUGCUAUAUGUGCACCAGGGAGAACCAUGCAGGCCAUGACACCAUCUCACCCAUGGAAGCAAGAGCCAACAAGAAGGACGACGUAACAGAGACACAAAAUCAAUUCAAGAAGAGGAUCCAGAAGAUGGAGAGCAAGCUGCAGGAGCUGGUGCAGGCCAUGGAGUUUUUCUCGAAAUUCAGGCAGAAUGCUGGGGUUGACUGUGACAAGGUCUUCAGUCAGCUUAAAGAACUCAUAGAGCAGCUGCACUCCGAGGUGAGGAAGAAAAUCGAAGAGCAGGAGAAGACUGUGGUGGGCCAGGCCAAGAAGGCCAGAGAGCAGCUACAGAACAAGAUUGAGAAACUGAAGGGUAGAGAAGUGAAACGACACAAUACAGAGAAGCUCAUCAUACCCAAGGGUUGUAAGCCCUUCAGUUCAGAUUCCUGGCCAUUCACACUGGACCUUGGUACAGUCAGUAAAUAUAUAUCAAUCUCUGAAGGAAAUCGAAAGAUAAGUGUAAGAAGCAAGGGUCAUCAGUCACAGAGGUUCCAGAGGUGGGAGCUGAUGCUGUGCAAAGAGGCCAUCACAGAUGUUUGCUGCUACUGGGAAGUGGAGUGGAGUGGCCAAGAUGUCUUAAUCGGGGUGACUUACAAUAACCUCAUCAGAAAGGCUAAGACCCCCGACUGUGACUUUGGCUUUAAUGCCUGGUCUUGGAGCUUGCAGUGUACUGAUACCAGCUACACUGCCUGGCAUGACAACCAGAAGAAUGAAGUAGCCAACCCCGUGGCCUCUCCCUGGGUGGGGGUCUACCUCGACCACAAAGCAGGAAGCUUGGCAUUUUACAGCAUCUCUAAUCGUGUCACACUACUGCACAGAUUCCGGACCAGUUUUUCCAAGCCCCUCUAUCCAUGUUUUGGAGUAGGCUUUGGAUCAGCAUUAAAACUGUGCCAUCUACAAGUGGAAUGA